GGGGGGACAGCAAUCUAUAGGUGGGCAAGGUAGCAGGAGGGGCGCUGCUUCCCUGGAUACCUGGUCUGGGAUUCCUUUCCCAAAUCCGUCCCAGAGAUUUUUCUGCAUCAAGAGGGGAACAUUUGCUAUGCUGGCGGGACUCAAUGUGGGAGCUCCAGGGGUUUGGGGAGCAGUGACCCUAAAGCAAGGGCAUUUGGAGAGAUGUGGCGCCAGGGGCUUGGAUGUAAAAUACAUGUAUUUUAGGCUGUGCCUCAGAAGAAGAGGCAGCAUCCCUGAAAAGUGACUGAAAUUGACCAGGAAGAGGUCUCAGACUCUUAGAGUACGUUUAAAAGCCUAUGCGCACCUCGGGGGGAAUCUAGGGACCAGCCGAUGCCAGGGCCAGUGACCUGGAGCACUGAACCCAGAAGACAGGUGGAAGGCAAGGGAGUCUUUUUACCGGCAUGGCGUGGAUUGCUACAGGGAUGCUCCUGGUUGAACACCACUGUCCUUUAGUUCGGGCAGCAACUGGGGCUGGACAAGGGGCUGGGUGGUGAGUGAUUGGGGGAAGUCCGGCUAAGCCUGGUCAAGAACUUGAGGGCCAAGCCACCAGAAGUGUUUUCCUUCUGGAAGAUGGCUCCUAACACUUCUACCAUGGAUGAGGCCGGGCUGCCAGUGGAGAGGGAUUUCUCCUUUCGCAUCCUCACAGCCUGUUUCCUGUCGCUGCUCAUCCUGUCCACUCUCCUGGGGAAUACCUUAGUCUGUGCCGCUGUCAUCAGGUUUCGACACCUGAGGUCCAAGGUGACCAACUUCUUUGUCAUCUCUUUAGCUGUGUCAGACCUCUUGGUGGCUGUCUUGGUCAUGCCCUGGAAGGCUGUGGCUGAGAUUGCUGGCUUCUGGCCCUUUGGGUCCUUCUGUAACAUUUGGGUAGCCUUCGACAUCAUGUGCUCCACGGCAUCCAUCCUUAACCUCUGUGUGAUCAGCGUGGACAGGUACUGGGCUAUCUCCAGCCCUUUCCAGUAUGAGAGGAAGAUGACCCCCAAGGCAGCCUUCAUCCUGAUUAGUGUAGCAUGGACUCUGUCUGUUCUCAUAUCCUUCAUCCCUGUGCAGCUAAGCUGGCACAAGGCAAAACCCACAUGGCCCUUGGAUGGCAAUUUUACUGACCUGGAAGACACUGAGGAUGACAACUGUGACACAAGGUUGAGCAGGACAUAUGCCAUUUCAUCGUCCCUCAUAAGCUUUUACAUCCCCGUAGCCAUUAUGAUCGUCACCUACACCAGUAUCUACAGGAUUGCUCAGAAGCAAAUCCGGCGCAUCUCAGCCUUGGAGAGGGCAGCGGUCCAUGCCAAGAAUUGCCAGACCACUACAGGUAAUGGAAACCCUGUCGAAUGCUCCCAGUCAGAAAGUUCCUUUAAGAUGUCUUUUAAGAGAGAGACUAAAGUCCUGAAGACACUGUCUGUGAUCAUGGGGGUAUUUGUAUGCUGCUGGCUCCCUUUCUUCAUUUCAAACUGUAUGGUACCCUUCUGUGGCUCUGAGGAGACGCAGCCAUUCUGCAUUGAUUCCAUCACCUUCGAUGUAUUUGUGUGGUUUGGGUGGGCAAAUUCCUCCCUGAACCCCAUUAUUUAUGCUUUUAAUGCUGAUUUUCAGAAGGCAUUUUCAACCCUCUUAGGAUGCUACAGACUCUGCCCUACAACAAAUAAUGCCAUAGAGACAGUAAGCAUCAACAACAAUGGGGCUGUGAUGUUUUCCAGCCACCAUGAGCCCCGAGGAUCCAUCUCCAAGGACUGUAAUCUGGUGUACCUGAUCCCUCACGCUGUGGGCUCCUCUGAGGACCUGAAGAAGGAGGAGGCUGGUGGAAUAGCUAAGCCACUGGAGAAGCUGUCCCCGGCCUUAUCAGUCAUAUUGGACUAUGACACGGAUGUCUCUUUAGAAAAGAUCCAACCUGUCACACACAGUGGACAGCAUUCAACCUGAAUAUUGGAUUCUCAUCUCUGAAGUAACAAGUUUCCUAGGGCUUGCUGUUAAGGAAUUAACACGAGAUCCCUCUGCUGCUUUCGGACAAUUACAAAGCUUCUCAAACUCACUGAUUCCAGUGUAUUCUCUAGCCACAAGGGAAAUGACUUCGGCUCUGAAAUCAUUUUUUGAAGCAUUAUCUUAGGACAUUAUAUAUAUGUUAAAAAAAAAAAUAGGACCAAAAGUCAACUGUAAACAGCUUCACUUAAAAAUCAAACUUUCCAGGAAGGAAGUGUGAGAGCUGAGUUCGCUGUAUCCAAACAGGUGCUAAAACUGUCUGAGCAGUUUUCAGAUUGUAAAGGUAGGUGCAUGCCUUUGUUAAUUAAUUUCUCCAACAAUAACUGAGCCUUACAGCAAGAGUGGGAUUUCUUUUUUCUCAGAAUUGACAGAUGUAUUGUUGAUAACGGUUUUAUUAUUUAUUUAUUUAUUUAUUGUAUUAUAUGAAUAUUUUAAAUCUAUCAUAGUGAAUCUAUAUUUAGCAUAUUUAAUAGAACAAACCAAUGUUAAAUCUGAGACUGAACUGUCCAUUGUACUAGCACUUUAUGAGCCAAUGAAACAAACACAUAGACUAUGAGAUCCUGAAUUGUGAAUUACUUCUGGGAACACAGCAAAGAUUGUUGUGGUGGUUCUGUAAUUCAACACAGACACAUGCAAGAUGUGAAGUGACUAACACCACUGAUGAUUCUCCCCCCCCCCAAAGAAAUUCUGAAAAGUUCUGUUUUUUUUUAAAAAGAAGCGACUAUUUAUUGUGUUCUGAAUGUUUUAAAUGGCAGAGGCUUUCCCCGGGGCGAAUUUGCACUUCUGUAAAUAACUAUGUAAAAGCCAGCUCAAGAAGAAUACAACUUUAGAUUUCUGUCUUUGGAUGGCGGGGAAGAGCAUAUGCCACUUUGUAUUUAUGUAAAAUAAUUGGCCCUCCCUGUCAUUUCUCAUUUCAUGCUUGAAAUAGCUUUCUGAAACAAACAAAUGGCUGUCCAGGAUUAAGAUGUCAGCACUGUGAAUGAGCUGUAACUUCAUAGGUCAUAGCAGCCCCUCCGAUAGUUCGGCUCAUCACUGGCUCUUCAUCUGCCCAGGUCUAACCAAGCCGGCUGCCCAAGGGGCUAGUUUUGUAGUGAUUUAAUCCAUGUAGUAUCCUCUCUAAUGAAUGGCACCUCAUAGUUGCAUAAUACACUUGUGUUGGUGGGGGGAGUAGAAGAGCCCCUUCCCCAUGUGUGUUGAGCACCACAAAGCCAUCAGCAUCACUGGCCACAAAUGCUAAUUUUUUUUCUCUGUGGUUUUGAAUCUAGUUUCCAAGUCAUAGCCUGGACUGCAAAAAGUACCAUCAAGUCCCCUGGAGUCGGGGCAUUGCAACAGUGUUUCUUUUGUGGUUUAAAAUGUUUACAAGGUGUUCUUUGGAAGCAGUUGCAACAUGUGGAUGGAACUGAAGAAAAGAUUGUCUGGCUUGCCAACAGUAUCUCUUGCAGGGGUCUGUGUUACGUACUUUGAAUGUUUUCUCAGCUCUACCACGUGUAUGCUUUCUUACAUACAAUAAAAUUAUUUUGUGAAUUCAAACCAA